GGGCAUUUUGGUAACAAUGAUUUUCGAUGCACAUUAUAAGCGCUGGCCAUUCGUUAGGGUUUCGUGUGGUGUGGUGCUCCGGCGGCCUGCAGGCACUCUGGUGCGGGAAACGAGAGGCUACUUCAAGGUAGGUAGGAAAGAUGUCUCAUCGGAAAUUUGAGCACCCGAGGCAUGGGUCGCUAGGGUUUCUCCCGAGGAAACGAGCUUCUCGUCAUCGUGGAAAAGUGAAGUCCUUCCCCAAGGAUGACCCUACCAAACCUUGCAAGUUAACUGCAUUCCUUGGAUACAAGUCUGGUAUGACCCACAUUGUACGUGAGGUCGACAAACCAGGAUCAAAGCUUCAUAAGAAGGAGACUUGUGAAGCUGUUACUAUCAUUGAAACUCCACCAAUGGUGGUUGUUGGACUUGUUGCCUAUGUUAAGACACCACAUGGUCUUCGUUCUCUCAACACCGUGUGGGCUCAGCAUUUAAGUGAGGAAGUGAGGCGGAGAUUCUACAAGAACUGGUACAAGAGCAAGAAGACGGCUUUUGCAAAAUACUCUAAGAAAUAUGAAAGUGAGGAGGGAAAGAAAGAAAUUCAGUCACAACUGGAAAAGAUGAAGAAGUAUGCCUCUGUUAUUCGUGUUUUGGCUCACACUCAGAUAAGGAAGAUGAAGGGCCUCAAACAGAAAAAAGCUCAUCUGAUGGAGAUCCAAGUUAAUGGUGGCACCGUGGCACAAAAGGUGGAUUUUGCUUACGGCUUCUUUGAGAAGCAAAUACCCAUGGAUGCUGUCUUCCAGAAAGACGAGAUGAUUGAUAUUAUUGGUGUUACAAAAGGUAAAGGUUAUGAAGGUGUUGUCACUCGUUGGGGUGUCACCCGCCUUCCACGGAAGACACACAGGGGUCUCCGCAAGGUUGCCUGUAUUGGGGCGUGGCAUCCUGCCAGAGUAUCCUACACUGUUGCCCGUGCUGGACAGAAUGGUUACCACCACCGCACUGAAAUGAACAAGAAGAUUUACAAGAUUGGCAAAUCUGGAGAUGAAUCCCACACUGCUAUGACUGAGUUUGAUAGGACUGAGAAAGACAUCACACCCAUGGGUGGCUUCCCACACUAUGGUAUUGUGAAGGAAGACUAUAUUAUGAUUAAGGGGUGUUGUGUGGGGCCAAAGAAAAGGGUCGUCACUCUUCGACAAUCCCUACUAAAGCAAACUUCUCGCGUUGCCCUCGAGGAGAUCAAGCUCAAGUUCAUUGAUACUUCUUCCAAGUUUGGUCAUGGACGUUUCCAAACAACUCAAGAGAAGCAAAAGUUCUAUGGCAAGCUGAAGGCAUGAUUUUAGCAACAAUUUGUGCAAGCGCUGAGUCUGAAAAUUUCUGUUAAAGAGAUCUGUUUAGAAGGAUUUUCUCUGCGUGAUUUGAACUUUGAGAUUCCUUAAUUGUUAGUACUUUUCAAUUUUCUAAAAUUGUUAUGGCUAUGACAAUGCUUUUUUGUCACUUCAAACAAUUUGGUUUUUAUGGGUUUCUUUU